CGAAUCUCCCGCUCGCCGCCUGGCGUCGAAGAGUGUGACAGCGCUGAGCGAAAAAGCGCCCAGUUUGGGACAUUCACUGUUGCCUGUCACAGUGUUGUCAUUCGUGGAAAAAUUUCUGAAAAAGCAGCAGCAUUUGGAAGGCGAAAAGCGUGGAAAAGUGCAGUAAAUUGACGAUAUUGCGACUUAUUGUGUCACCAAGUGUUGCCCUAGUGUGCACUGCGUGUCGCCAAGUUGUGAUCUAUCGUGCAAAUUACGUGCAACCCGUGAUAUUUGGUGUGUGGUUUCCUCGUCACUUGUCAGCCCAGAGGAGAAAAAAGGCCCGACCGAGCUAUUUUCUCGUUUGUUCUGCAGCUCAAUCGCCAUCCAGGGUGGCAAGCAGCGGUUUCCCAGUGAAUUGAUGUGUCCAUGAAGGUGAUUGCAGUGCUCAAGUGACUUCGGGAAGAGCCAAUCGCCGUGAGCGAGUGUGUGUUUGGGUGGCAGACAAUUGAUUUUGCUCUACUGCGACUCCGUUGCCUCUGCUGAGCAUUACCCGUCCGGGUGAGAUUCUCGUUGGGGAACGCGCACUUGUCAGGCCAGAGAAUGCCUCUGUGGAAGUCACAGAAGUCGCCGGCGGAGCUCGUGAAGGCGCUCAAGGAGUCCGUCAACUCGCUGGAACGGGGCGACAAGAAGGCCGAGAAGGCCCAGGAGGAUGUCAGUAAGAACCUAGUACUUAUCAAGAACAUGCUGUACGGAACGUCAGACGCUGAACCGCAGACAGAUUACAUCGUGGCGCAGCUGUCGCAGGAGCUGUACAACAGUAAUUUGCUGCUGCUCCUGAUACAGAACCUCAAUCGGAUUGACUUUGAGGGCAAGAAGGAUGUGGCGCAGGUGUUCAACAAUGUGUUGCGACGACAGAUCGGCACGCGAUCGCCGACAGUUGAAUACAUUUGUACAAAGCCAGAGAUUCUCUUCACACUGAUGGCGGGUUAUGAGCACCAGGAGAUCGCCCUGAAUUGCGGCACGAUGCUGCGGGAGUGCGCCCGGUACGAGGCGCUGGCCAAAAUCAUGCUCCACUCGGAUGAGUUCUUCAACUUUUUCCGCUACGUCGAGGUCUCCACGUUCGAUAUCGCCUCAGACGCCUUCUCGACAUUCAAGGAACUCCUCACGAGGCACAAGAUUCUCUGUGCUGAAUUCUUGGAGGCGAACUACGACAAAGUCUUCUCACACUACCAGAGACUGCUGAAUUCGGAAAACUAUGUCACACGUCGGCAGAGUCUCAAGCUGCUCGGAGAGUUGCUGCUCGACAGACACAACUUUACGGUUAUGACAAAGUACAUUUCGAAUCCGGACAACUUGAAGCUCAUGAUGAAUAUGCUGAAAGAGAAAUCGAGAAAUAUUCAGUUCGAAGCCUUCCAUGUAUUCAAGGUGUUUGUGGCGAAUCCCAACAAACCGAAGCCAAUACUGGACAUUUUGCUGCGAAAUCAGGAGAAACUGGUCGAUUUUCUCACGAAAUUCCACACAGAUCGAUCCGAGGAUGAACAGUUUAACGACGAGAAGGCUUAUCUGAUUAAGCAAAUAAAGGAACUCAAGCCAGCCCCUGAACAAUAGUGAAAUAUUUAUAAUACAUUUAAUAUCAAUUAUUGAGAAAAAAAAGAGAAGUGAGAGAAUAAAAAUAAACUAUUAUUCAGUAAAUAUGCAAACCUAAUAAAAAAAAAAAUACUAUUAUCACUUGUAAUUAUUACUAUACAAUAAUGAGCUGAUGGAACACACUCUCGAGGGUGAAGUAAUGUGUAAUUUUUAGAGGACGAAGAAGAGGAAAAAUGUAAUUAACAAUAAAGGAAUUUUAGACUAUAGUGAAGUGAGAAAGCAUAAUUGAUAUACAGAAGGAGAAAAAAAAACAGAAACGAAAGAACGAGGUUAUUAAUUGAGAAGAUAAAUUGACUUUGUAGGAUUUUUAGGGCAGACAGAAAGUUAUUUAGACAUUUCUUGUUUCAUCUUAGUGCAGUUUUAACAGGGGUUGUUCGAUAGGCGAUGAAGAAGUAAAAUUAAACUUUAUUAGCAUGAUGACAGAAAAAUUGUUCCUACGUUCAUAAGCAAAAUGCCGAGAAAGUUUGGGUGGCGCGCGAUCUUGAAGAAGCAAAACAUAAGAUAAAUCUGUACUGAAUUUCGUGAAUAAAGUGAGAAGUGACUUUCUCGAAAA